AUGAAGAACAAGAACAAGCAAACCAAAUUCCCCGUGGCCCGGAUAAAAAAGAUUAUGCAAAAAGAUGAGGAAGUCGGAAAAGUAGCACAGGCGACACCCAUUGUGAUAUCAAAAGCCCUGGAAUUGUUCCUUGGCCUGAUCAUCGAACAGUCCAGCAAAGUCACCUCGGAACGAGGUUCCAAGAAGCUUGAAGCGUACCAUCUAAAACAUGCAGUAGAAACAACGGAAACGCUUGAUUUCCUGAAGGAACUCGUGCAGGAUAUACCCGAUCCCUCUGCAGGUGGGACGAUUGACUUUGAAGCCGGAAACGCAGAGGGCAAGAAGAAGCGCGGAAAGGGCAAGCGCACCGCUGCUGCUGCUGCACCUGGCGACGGUUCGGUACCUGCUCCUCCAAAACGACGCAGAAAGAAGAGAGCGGAUACCGAUAACGAUGACGAUGCUAUGGGUGAUGCAGGAGCCGGAGGGAGAGGAAGAGGUGGCAGAGCUGGCACAAAAACACCGCCUGAAGAAGAGGAAGGCGAUACAGAGAUGCGCGACGAGGAGGAUGAUUAUGAUGAGGAAGAGUCCAUGCCUCCUCCCCGAGUCCCCGCAUCGUCAUCGUUUGGUGGGUCAUCUUCUGGACUUCGGCGCCCUCAGAGCCCCAGCGACGAUGAAGAAGAUAAGCCUUACAUGCCGCCAAGAAAAUGA